AUGACGGAACAGGAACAAGAAGACCUUCAGCUAUAUGGCAAGGAAGUAUUUGAGAGGAACCGUUUCGCUGAUAAUAACCAAUGCGGCAACUGUGGUCACUUUGGCUACUGGCUUAGUGACUGUGCUUUCCCCGAUGACCAAGGCACCAUAAUGGGCUGUCCGCUCUGCAAUACCAAGCUCCACUUCUGGGACCAGUGUCAACGGAAGAAGAUGCUUACGACGAAACAGCAGCUUCAAUUGUUACUGGUGAGGCGCAGAAGAAAGCCCAUGAUUCGCACUACGACUUCUCUACGAGAACUUUUAGCGGAGGCUUUGCAGGGCUUCACGAUGAUGCUAGUCAAGAAGAGAAGAGACCAGCCAGGGCUAAAGUACGGCCCCGACGAGCUGGCAGAGUUCCCUAUAGAUCCUGAGACUACAGGAAAUGUGGAGGAUGUCAUGAACACCUCCGUCGCUGGUAACGAGCAUCACGUUCGACGUGCAGAACUAUAA